AUGUCACUCAUCGCCAGGCGCGCCGCCCGCGUCACCUCUGUUGCAAGGCUUACUGCAGCGCUCGCCUUAAGGCCAAGGACAUACGCUAUUGAAGCUGCCAAGGACCCAGAGAGCAAUGACGACUACCCGAAAGUUCCCAGCGUUUCGCGACAAUAUCUUCCUGCAACAGGCUGGCAGGAUCCACUGUUGCGGCGUAACUUCGGUGACCCUGUGCAUGAAAAAGAAGAGUUGUACUCUAUGUGGGGUCCGGACAUUCCCACUAUUGCACCGCAUAUCGCCCUACGCCACUUCACCUACGCAGCAAUCUCCUUUGUCUCUUUCGGCUUCCUUGUGAAAUAUGCCCUGAUACCAGAGAUGCCCGCCAUUCGCCGCGAGUACCCGUUUGGCGGCUUAGUGACUGAGCUCGGUGGUGUGGAUGCAAACAAGGUUCGGUAUCUAACAGGAUCUGGCAUGCAAUUGCUCACAAUAAUUUCUCUCAGGCAAAGGUGGAGGAUGAGAAUGACGUGGACUAGGAUCAGUACAUCUAUUGAGACAUUGUCCGCAAAUGAGCCAGUCGAUGAAUGGAUAAUCUGA